UCUGCCAUGAUCUCUCUCGCUGCCCAGACUGUCAAUCAGGCUGAAGCAGGGCUGGGCUGAGCCCGAGCAUUUCGUCAGCCAGUCAGGAGGAGGGAAGGCGGGAGAAGCUGCUGCCGGUCAGUUCUCCCCCUCCCCCUCGCCGAGGAUUCGUCUCUCCCCUGGCUUUGGAAGCCGAGGCGAGCCCUCCGAUCCUGAGCAAACAGCGUGGCGUGCUAAUGAGCAAUACUGGAGCUAUUCCAAUGUCGACUCCUAUCCCAUCGAGCAGUGGAAGAGGAACUGGGAGAUCCACAAAUUUGAUUCCUGAACUGCAAAGUAUGAUGAAAAGAAAACCCAUUAGCUUUUACAGCACCAACAUAGUUUUGAACCAAGAUGGACAGCAUUAAGAAAAUAUUGUUUUCUUUGGGAGAUGCUCGCAGGCCACUCUAUGAGUCGGCAGUAUUGGUGGAAGACGUUGUGCACACUCAGCUGAUUAAUUUGUUGCAGCAAGCCUCCGAAGUUUCUCAGAUGAGAGGAGCAAGAGUAAUCUCUCCAGAAGAUCUUCUUUUUUUGAUGCGCAAAGAUAAGAAAAAGCUUAGAAGGCUACUUAAAUAUUUGUUUUUCCGAGACUACAAAUCUAAAAUUGUCAAAGGCAUUGAAGAAGAUGAUCUUCUUGAAGACAAACUCAGCAGCAGUAGCAGCAGUAGCUCCAACAAACGUCAAAAAAUCGCUCAAGACUUUUUAAUCUCUAUUGAUCAGACUGGAGAGCUCUUGGCCUUGUUUGAAGAUGAUGAGAUUGAUGAUGUAAAGCAAGAGAGAAUGGAGAGGGCAGAAAGACAAACACGAAUGAUGGAUUCAGCACAGUAUGCAGAAUUUUGUGAAAGCCGUCAGCUGAGCUUUUCCAAGAAAGCGUCAAAGUUCCGAGACUGGUUGGACUGUAGCAGCAUGGAAAUAAAACCAAAUGCAAUCGCCAUGGAAAUUUUGGCUUAUUUAGCCUAUGAGACAGUAGCACAGCUGGUGGACCUGGCUCUUUUGGUCAAGCAAGACAUGGCUCCCAAAGCUGGUGAUCCUUUCAGUCAUGCAAUAUCUGCCACAUUCAUUCAGUAUCGCAAUCCUACUGAGACGCAUGUUUUAGGGCAGACUCCAAAUAUGAAGACCAGUCCCGAUUCUCCUGAAAACACGCCACCGCCUACACCCACACCUCCAGCAACAGGCCCACAACACCCUGGGAAAACUCAGUCUGGAGCCAUGGGGAAUGGCAGCAUUGGUCAAGACUCCUCCAAAGCCAAACCACGGAAGAAGAAGAAAAGCACUGCAGCUUGUGGUGUAGAGACUCAGAGUGAUGCCAUCCAGCCUGCCCACAUCAGAGAGGCCAUUCGGCGCUAUAGCCACAAGAUUGGCCCCCUUUCCCCAUACACGAGUGCCUACCGCAGAAAUGGGAUGAUUUUUCUUGCUUGCUAAUAUGGAUGUGGCUGGAGCAACAGGAAAGACAGUGUUAUAUUAAGGGAUUUAUUUGUUUAUGAAGAUUUCACAGUACAGAGCAAAGGUUCUGUGAUGAGCUCGGAACAGGGAAAGGCUUUGGGUAUCAUUUUGGACUGGAAUGAAAUUGAAUGUUUUGUUUCAGGCACAUACCACCAUUGAUUACUGGCAAAUGCUACAUCAGUAGAGUUAAUUAAAAAGGGCCCAAAACUAUAAAGAUUCCAGAAGAUGUUAAUAUUCAGCCAACAGAAUUAUUAAAUGAUUGAAUCUCCAACCACCUCACUGGACAACUCUUCAAAUUGGAAAUGUGGAUCAUCUCCUAAUGACUAAUACUACUGUUACAUUCAAUAUUUUAGUGGUAUAACUGUACUUUAAAAACAGUUUUUGCAUGCAAUUUUUCUGGAACUAAUCUGCAUGUUAAACGUACUAAAAAUAACAUGUACUAUACAGUAUAUUAAAAAACCUUUCUGAAGUUCUGUCUGUGCUUGCUGAAAUGUAUGAUUAAACUUUUCUUUUUUAUCAUCA